AUGCCAUUUAAACGUAUAAUAGACGAGGUUAGGGGGAUCCGAGAGAAUAUUGAGGACAAAUCUAGAAGGCAAGAUGAGACGAAGUGUGUGCUUGGUCGUGGAAGGUCACAUACUGCACCUGAAAGGUCACCAUCUCCACGGGCAUUGUUUCAACAGAGGCGGUGGGCAAAUUUACCCCCUGAGUUACUUCUUGACAUAAUUCGGCGGAUAGAAGCCAUGAGGGAAACGACAAAAGAGGUUGUGAAGACUCCUGAGCAAUGCGGUUUACUCACUUUCCCCAUGUCAUUGAAGCAGGAGGUGUCUUCAAGGGUACCAGUUGGUAAUUACAAAGUGGAUACCAUAUCUUACGAGCUCAAUGUCCUACGUACUAGAGGACGAAGGAGGAUGAAGUACACAAUGCUCUUGAUUCCUGUGUCUGCAAUUCAGAAAGGAGAUCCACUAAUUUUGAAGAAAAAAGCUCCUAGAUGGCAUGAGCAAUUGCAAUGCUGGUGCCUAAAUUUCAAAGGACGCGUCACAGUGGCAUCUGUUAAGAACUUUCAGCUUGUGGCAGCUGUUGAUUCAUUCCAAAAUGUUCCAGCUGCAGAGCGGGACAAAGUGAUACUGCAAUUUGGAAAAUUGGAAAAGACAUUUAUAAGAUGGACUAUUGCUACCCCCUCUCCACCUUUCAAGCCUUUUCAGUCUGUUUAAGCAGCUUUGACACUAAACCAGCAAGCAAAUAACUAUAUUCUAUUCGUAUCGACUAUCGAGUGUCCUUAUAAUGCUUGGUUGCCUAAAAGGUGUUUGUUCAUAUUUUUUUGUAAAUGAAGGUCCUUAGGCUUUAACAUUUGUCAUUAGUGGUGCCUUUGAGAUGCAGGAUUAGAAUAUGUGAUGGCAGAAACCUGCAGUAUAGCAGUUCUGUAAUCACAUAAUAAUUUUUCCGUCUGCUUUGGCCAGAAGUCAAACAGUCUUCUUAGUCGCAAGAAGAUUUCAUGUCAAUUGUUUAUUGGAAUCCUUAUGUAAUUGAAUACAGAACAUAUUACACACCACACAGACAAUGGUUUUGCAGUACUUAAAAUCGGUGAUAUAGCAUCACUUAUCAUGCACAGAUUUGUUUGGUAACUGCCAGCAUGUGGCGUUGUAAAUAUUUUGUAAUUUACUUGUGUGUUUCAAAGGAUUCUGGUUUACUUUAUGACUUGAUUGGUUCUGUUGGAUUACGACAGAAAACUAGCUG